AUGGCCUAUGAGCCUCGUGGUGAUCAUGGAGGCGGUGGUCAGGGCCAGGAUGGAGCCUUUGUCAAAGUUAGGGGUCGGCGACCUGUGACUGAUUAUGGCGCUACCAUCACACAUUGGCAACAUGAUCGUGCCCCUAGCUACAAGGGAGGAUAUACUGGCGAAGCCGAAAGGCCUAGCGUCAGUUAUAUCGUUGAUAUGCUCCCCCCUGCAGCCAGAGUGACCAAAGCCGCCGACAGCAUUCCAAUCAAACACCUUCACUCCUCUCUUAACAAGAUCAAACACCCUAUCAACGUUGUGCGAUGGACACCAGAAGGUCGAAGGUUAUUAACAGCAUCAACGAGUGGCGAGUUUACGCUAUGGAACGGCACGGGCUUCAAUUUCGAAACUAUUAUGCAGGCUCACGAUUCCGCUAUCCGAGCCCUGGAGUACUCCCAUAGUGACGACUGGCUGAUUUCAGCCGAUCAUGAUGGAGUUGUCAAAUACUGGCAACCAAAUUUCAACAACGUCCAGAGUAUCAAUGCGCAUACAGAUCCCAUUCGAGACCUUGCCUUCAGCCCUAGUGACUCGAAAUUUGUCACCGCUAGUGACGACCAAAGCCUCAAAAUCUUCGAUUUUGCCUUGGGACAAAUGGAAUCGAAGCUUGAGGGACAUGGUUGGGAUGCAAAGAGUGUGGAUUGGCAUCCUUCCAAGGGAUUGCUUGUGUCAGGUUCAAAGGAUCAUCUGGUCAAGCUAUGGGAUCCUCGAACAAGUCGUUGUCUAACAACUCUGCACGGUCACAAGAGCACGAUCACCAAAGUCCUUUUCGAAAAGGUCCGCGGCGCUUGUCUGGCAACAUCUGCUAGAGAUCAAACUGCUCGUGUAUUUGAUCUUCGCAUGAUGCGAGAUAUCUGUCUUGUCAAGGGUCACGAGAAGGACAUUACCACUCUUGCCUGGCAUCCUGUUCACCCCAACCUUCUCAGCACUGGCGGUAUGGACGGCUCGCUGUACCACUACCUCCUCGAUUCUCCCAAUCCACCACCAGGUCAGCCCUUCACAGUGGCACCUUACGAUAGCCCCGACCCGACUACAGUAUCUGCGCAGUCAGUGUGGCCGAUGCACAAGGUACAGCAUGCACACGAUUUUGCUAUUUGGUCACUCGACUGGCACCCUCUUGGUCAUAUUCUAGCGUCAGGCUCAAACGAUCGCAUUACACGCUUCUGGAGUCGGGCUCGGCCAGGCGAUACAGAUGUAUUCCAAGAUCGCUACCAUAUUGGUGAAGCGGCUGCUGAAGCCCAAGGAACAUGGGAUCGUCGUGGUAAUCGCCGACAGCGACAGGAAGAAGAGCAGCAGGAGAUGGAGGACGAGAUGGACGCUUUGGUUGAUCAAGACGCCCCGAAAGCCGGCGUUCCUGGCCUACCUGGCAUUCCUGGUCUCCCUCUUGGUGGAGGCUUGCCUGGCCUUGGAUCUGCUGUUCCACCUCCCCCUAUCCCCGGUGUUGGUGCUGGUUCGGGUGCUCCUCCACCCCCUCUACCAUUCCCAUUGCCUGGCCUUAAUGGGGGCAUACCGCCGCCACCUCUGCCAGGUCUGGACCCUAACAAUCCUCCAGACCCUGCCCAACUGCUCGAAUUGAUGAAGAAGGCUGGUGUACCCCUUCCACCACCAGGAGCGCUACCUCCUGGUCUUCUACCACCCCCUGGCAGUAUACCUCCGCCGCCCGGUGGUUUCACUAUGCCAGUUCCACCACCUCCCAUGUCUGCUCUUGAGGCUGAGAAGGCAGAGAACGUUCGACGAAGGGCUCCUUUACCCAGUCAGGAGGAUAGCUUACGCCAUGAGCAACGACAGGGCAAAUAUACGAGGGCGAGAUAG